CUUGCGUGUUGGUAUCUUCGAAGAAAAUCGUAAAUCCUUGGUCAAAUUACAGCGCUAGAGCGGAAGCGCACGUUGUGCUAUUGCUCGCCGUCCCCGCGGAUGCGAAUCCGAUUGCUAAAACCGGCAAACAGUUGUAGUUUCCGUUUAGCGGGUGGCUAAGCAACUCGUUAUACGAUGGAACAGAACAAGGAUGAAAAUGUUGUUAGCCUGCAAGCGGUAAUCGAAGAAGCCGUUGGCGAAGAAACAAAUGAAGAUACUGCUGGUACAAGUAACGAAGGCGGUGUGGUGAGCGGCACACCGAUGGAGUCGACGGCGGCGACCAACGUUGAAGGGGACUUGCUUACCUCGGACGAAUCAACACCCCUGCCGGAAGACGCCGCAGGGACCGAGGAAGACGUGAUAGAAGAGAUCCUAGAAGAGGAGUUAGUGGAAGAGCUGGUUGAAGACGAUGGGCAAGCGGGCGAGGAUAAACACAAACCUCCGGAUGACGACGAGACGGAUCGUUUUGAGCCACAGUUGAGUACGGUGGUUGAGCAAAACGAAGAGCACGAGUCCGAUGGCGACGAGAGGCUUAAUAUGAUCGAAAACAAAUUUGAACCCAACAAAGAAAAGAACUUAUCGACAAGCGAAUCAACCGCUGCUAUUGACUCCGAAGGUUUGAAAGCAGAAGAACGACAUAACGAUGAUAGCAUGAACGAGUCGUGCCAACUUCAGGACAUAGAGAUGAGAGAUAUGGACGAGAGUCACGCAAGGAAUGAUGGUGAUGGAGAUCGAUCGACCGAUGCCGUGGAUCCGUUCGAUCAAGUGAGACAUGAACAAUCCUCACACGAAGAAGAUAGUGGCCGGAUCGAGGAAAGUAACGCUUCUUUGGCCCAGACGGAUGAGCCAGUCACUAAGGGUGAAGAACAGCACGCCCAGGGAGAAGAAUUCGGAAACGAAUCCAAUGGCUCGGAACAGACGGGCGAUGAAACUGCUGGUGUAGUAGAAGAGCAAAGAGGAGGUGAAAACGAAAAUAUCAGUCUGCUUCCGGAUCAUCAGAGAGUUAUCUCGGAAGCGGAGAAGGCUCAAGCGGCCGCCACAGAAGAGGCAGACAACGCUAAGGCUGCUGCGGAGCAAUUGCAGCAGGAGGAAGAAGAGAGAGCUGCAGCCUCACAAGCUGCAGAAGCUGCAGAAGCUGCGGAAACUGCGGAAACUGCAGCAGCAGAAGAAACGGCAGAAGCUGCAGCAACAGUGAACUCUUCGGGAAAAGAUAUAAACGAUGCAGUAGCCCAACAGGACGAAACAGUAACUGAAGCAUUAGAGAACGAACAGCAGCAUUUGGAUACUGUUGAGAUCCCAGAUGGAGGCACGACUGGAGAUAACGAAGCGGAAUCUAGCGCUAAUGACAUCGUGGUCGCAAAUCAGCCUCCAGCGGGAGCAAAUCAAAUUCGAGAACUAUCAACACCAGUCGUGUCGGUGACCUGUGCACAGUGCAAACAAGUGUGUCCAAUCUGCGUGUACAGCGUGACGCGCGAUAUUCCAUCCGAGGGAGAGUCACAAGGGCCGGAGUAUAUUUGCUCGUUCGCUUGUGUUCAAAGCUUACGAAGUGCGUUUCCGGGCAAGUUCGAACUGAUACAGAACCAGGUAGGCAUUUACCCGAUUUUCGAAUACAAUGCUACAUGCAAACGCUGCUCGCGGGAAACGCUCUGCAAGUUUCGUUAUCGUUCAGCGAAGUCUACCGACAACAACUGGCGGUACCUUUGCGAGAUGAAGUGUGUUCAGCACAUGACCAGCAUCAAUUCGGAGAAGUUUUGCCUGCUCAAGACGCGUUACACAAUUGAAGAGAAAGUUCCACCGAUGACCGAACCACGGCGGUGCAUCCAAUGCUUCGAUAACAAACCGUGCCAAUUUUCGUUCAACCAGGAUGAGGACGAACUGUUCAUCUGUCAGAACGACUGCUUAAACUUGCUAAUGAAAGAACAUCCGCAGCUGUUCCGCUUGAAGCGCUACUCGGUACGUGUGCGUACGAUGCCGAAAGCCGCUCCUACCGAGCCGCGGUCCGACGUUGCCAAUAUUACAGCGCGAACGGAAGAGGAGAUCGAAGCAGCGCGCGUCGCCCGUGCAGCUUCAUUCGAGCGUCGAUGCUGUCACUGUUCGAUCUUAAUUGUAUCGACCUCCGAACACCGGUUGCAGUGGGAAGCGAUGGAUUUUUGCGGCGAAAGGUGCCUAGCGUCCUAUCAGAAUAGCAAAGGGUCACACUGCAUCCAGUGCCAGAAUGCAGUGUCCGUCACCAGCCUUGGCAAGUACUGUGUGCGGUUUGGCUUUAACGUGUGCCAGUUCUGCAGCGCCGGUUGCUUGGAUACGUACAAGAAGAAAUUGAAGAACUGCUGCUUCUGCCAGAGGGAUAUCUCAGCCGAAGGUGACAGCAUUGUGGUCAGCCGUGGCAGUACAAAGGGUACCUUCCGUGAAUUUUGCAACUUGGAUUGCCACCAGCGCUACAAGUAUGCAACCAUACCAACCACGAAGAAGAAGCCGCAGAUUUGCUCUGUGUGCAAUCACAAAAAGCCAACCAGCGUGAUCGUUCGAUUGGAAACGAAGGAGCACUACUUCUGCAGCUCACCGUGCUUUUCCGCGUUCAAAUUCGUCAGCAACAUUACCCCGGACGAGUGUGCCACGUGCGGGGAUUACUUUGAGCGUCAGGCAGUCGGCCAAUCGUACACAAUUUUUCCAAAAGAUGCAUCCAAGAAGGUGUCGGCAUUUUGUACGCAGAUAUGCAUGAACCUGUACAUCAGCAAGAACCGAAUCAUCGAGUCGUGUAGCUGGUGCAAGGUGAAGAAGUACAACUUCGAUAUGAUCAGCAAGAGCUGCAGCAACACGCUGCUCUGUUCGUUGAAUUGUCUUCAACUGAGCCAAGUUUCUUUGAAUGCAAUCGCGAUGAAGGAAUCACAAUGCGACCACUGUGGCGUGGUGAAAACGCCACAGUAUCACUUGACGAUGAGUGAUGCGAGUUUGCGUAACUUCUGCACAUACCAGUGCGUCAUGCUAUUCCAGAGCAUGUUCGGUAAGCCACCAUUGUCUGAUGCACAACAGCGGGCUGAUACGCAAGAACCCACUCCGACAGGGUUACCAAAACGAGUUCGGAAGCUUGGAAAUGUUCAACAACAGCAGCAACAGCAGCAGCAGCAGCAGCAGCAGCAGCAGCAGCAGCAGCAGCAGCAGCAGCAGCAGCAGCAGCAGCAGCAGCAGCAGCAGCAGCAGCAGCAGCAGCAGCAGCAGCAGCAACAAGUGGAAGCUGUAAAUCAAGCUAAAGGAAAGCGUCCGACAAGAACAGCAGCUAACAACAAUCCACACUGUGUGCCCGUGAUAGCUUCCGUACAUACAUUGGCAUCUGCUAGCGGCCGAAAUGUACGAAGUAGCACGAAGGCGGCUACUAUCCAGCAGCAGGGAAUCAGUUUGCACGAGCUGCCGCAACUGCGCGUAGCACUGGAGCCCCUCACCAACAUCCCCGCCACUGGGUGCGUUUCGUUGGCAGCAUUCAAACCAAACCUCAAUGCGACAACUACAAUAAAACGGAUUCCACUUGCUGCACAAUCCGUGCAAGAUAAAUCAACAGUACCAGCACUAGCUCCGAUCACCGUUAGUAAGACAACAUCGUCGGCACCGAUUGAUACUCCCAUAGAUGAUUAUUCACCAGCCCCGGUCGCUCAUACCAUCGAAACUCAAACGCAGAUUGUCACGAUUCCGCCUACUCCAGUGCAAGUAGCAAACAUCGCCACAAUGUGUAAGCCGAAACAGGAGUCCAAGGCUGUGAGCUGUCGUCCGGUGCAGUGUGACGUCGGAUGCCAGACAGAAAGUUGGCUGCAGCGUAAGCUCAUCAUCCCAAUUCCGGUGCCGAUGUAUGUGCCGGUACCGUUGUUUAUGUACUCGAUGCCGACGCCCGUACCGGUACCGAUUCCGUUGCCCAUUCCCGUGCCCGUUUUCAUCCCGACGACUCGCAAUACGACCAACGGCAUCAUGAAGGAAAUCAAAAAGAUUCAGGAAAAGCUACCAACGGACCCGUAUGAGGCGGAGUUGCUGAUGAUGGCAGAAAUGGUGGCCGGUGAGAAGAAGAAGGAGGAGAGCGAUUCCGAUUCCGACGAUAUUGGUGUUGGUGUGACGGGUGACGAAACACCCUUCGAAGGUACUACCCAUGAAAUCGAACAUAAUGCUUCCUUCAGCGAAGAUCUGGUGCAAAUGGCACUGAAGAUGGCGUCCUCCGAGUACGAGGACUCGCCAGUCGAUCUCGAGUCGGCUAUGCAAGCGAACACUAUCUCGCAGCAAGAGGGAUACGUGGACGACUCCCAUCUGCAGCAUCAUCAGCUGCUCUUGAUGGAUCAGCAGCAACGGCAAACAACGUCGGCACUAGUGCAGCGGGGUCGGAAACGAACUCCCUCUGGCGUUUCGACACGCGCGUCGGCGACGAACAAUAAUUCGCCGCAGCAUCUUUCUGCCAGUAAGCGAAUUAAACGCGAGCACCUGAAAGAACCGUCACCCGAACCGGCCAGGGUGGUGGAACCGAUAGAAAAGCCGGAUGCGAACAUGUGUCUCAAGUACACGUUCGGAGUGAACGCGUGGAAGCAGUGGGUGCUGACGAAGAACGCGGAACUUGAGAAGAGUUCUGUCAGAAGGAAACCGUUCAAAUCCGAUAUUCUACAACUGACGGCAGACGAGCUGAGCUAUUCGCUUUGCUUAUUCGUGAAGGAGGUCCGUAAACCAAACGGUACCGAGUACGCCCCGGAUACUAUCUACUAUCUUGUAUUGGGUAUACAACAAUAUUUGUUCGAAAAAGGACGAGUAGAAAACAUAUUUACCGAUCCAUACUAUGAGCGGUUCACCGAUUGCUUGGAUGAGGUUGCUAAAAAGUUUUCCGUUCUUUACAACGAUUCACAAUUUAUCGUAACACGAGUGGAGGAGGAGCACCUGUGGGAAUGCAAGCAGCUUGGCGCACAUUCACCGCACGUCCUGCUCAGUACGCUCAUGUUUUUUAAUACAAAACAUUUCAACUUGGUCUCUGUCGAGGAGCACAUGGAGCUCAGUUUUUCGCACAUUAUGAAACAUUGGAAGAGGAAUCCAUCCGGCCGACCAGAUCAUAAAGGCAACAACGCGUCGCGUAACGUUCUGCUGCGCUUUUAUCCACCGCAGUCAUCACUGUCGGCUAACGCGAGAAAGAAGAAAGUCUACGAACAACAGGAAAAUGAAGAAAAUCCGCUACGUUGUCCGGUAAAAUUGUACGAAUUUUACCUCUCCAAGUGCCCGGAGAGCGUUAAAACGCGUAAUGACGUAUUUUAUCUACAACCGGAACGUUCAUGUGUACCCGACUCACCGGUCUGGUAUUCGACGCAGCCUUUAAGCAAGGAGGCUCUCAGUAAGAUGUUGCAUCGCGUAAAGAUGGUCAAAGAGAUCAACAUCGCCCUUCUGACAAGUUAAUGAGGGACUCGUUCGCGGCAAUCAUAUUCAAUCGAUUUAAACAAAGCAAGCGCCAUCUUAGUAGCUUCAGUCAACUACUAACAGUAAAUAUUCGGGACAUCGUGCGAUGUAAUAGGUUGCAGUGCAAAGUACACUAUGGGGACACAGGUGGGGGUCAUCCCCAAUAGCAGAUUCAAAAUGUGUUUCUCAUUAGGAUUUUUACAAGUUAAGUGUUCAGCUUAGAUGAACUUCAUUCACAUGUCGCGGUUGAGGAAUAGUUAGUUAGUUGUACGUGUGCGUCUUCACCUCUGAAAUUGCAGUUUCUUUCCAAGGUGUACAUAGAAGUCUACGUAUCCGAGGCAGUCCUGGCACAACGCUCCAUGAUGAGAGUAAUGUAAAAUAAAUCGAAAUCAGUUUCCUAAGCGCGUAA